AAAAGGGGGGGAGACGGCCGGCUGGGGCUGCGGCACACAGGCGCGGGAGCCGGUGCGGUGUCAAGUCCAGCUCGGACUCUCGGACUGGGCCGAUUUGCAUUUUACCCUCUCUUCCCUCUGCACCCAGUUAUCUUCAGCAUGGGGGAACAGAACCACUCUCCUGGGAAGGAGCUUCAGCACUGGACACGAACAGAGUCUCCGGGAAAGAGAAGCUGGCACUCCCAGGCCUACGCCCUUGGGGCCGUUUCCAACUUUAUGUCUACUUUUCUGACCUUUCCUAUCUAUAAGGUUGUGUUCCGGCAACAGAUCCAUGCUGUGGCGGUGUCAGAGGCUGUGCGGCAGCUUUGGCAUGAAGGCCCUCAAUAUUUCUACCGGGGAAUCUACCCGCCUCUUCUCUCCAAGACGUUGCAAGGGACUCUGCUGUUUGGGACUUAUGAUAGCCUGCUGUAUUGUCUCUCCCCUGUUGGGCCACACUCCCUGGGACACCGCUGGGCUGCAGGGCUCAUGUCUGGUGUAGUGGAGGCUGUGGCACUCAGCCCCUUUGAAAGGGUGCAAAAUGUGCUCCAGGAUGGUCGCAAGCAAGCUCGCUUUCCCAGCACCUUCAGCAUUCUCAAGGAAUUCCACUCUUAUGGGCUUUGGGGGCGGCUGUCGCUGGGUUACUAUCGCGGUUUCUGGCCUGUCCUUCUCAGGAACAGCCUGGGGAGUGCUCUGUAUUUCUCCUUCAAGGAUCCCAUUCAGGAUAGCUUGGCAGAGCAAGGCCUGCCCCAUUGGGUUCCUGCCUUGGUGUCUGGGAGUGUCAAUGGAACAAUCACCUGCCUAGUUCUGUAUCCUCUGAUUGUGCUAGUUGCCAAUAUGCAGUCCCAUAUUGGCUGGCAGAGCAUGCCAAGCCUGUGGGCCUCUGCCCAGGACGUGUGGGACACUCGGGGCCGAAAGGUGUUCCUGAUCUACCGUGGAGGUUCCCUGGUCAUCCUAAGGUCCAGCGUGACAUGGGGCAUCACUACUGCUAUCCAUGACUUCCUCCAGAGGAGGUAUCGUUCCAGGAAAGAGCUGAAAGACUGACUAGCUGCAGGCAGUGUGGCCAUGGCAACUUGUUAUUCUAAGCUUUCCUGGGUUGGUUUAAAUAGCUUACUUCUUUAGCUUGGUCACCUAAUACAACUAUUCUUUAGCAUCUUUCAACUGUCAUUGCACUCGAGAAGUUCCCAACUACCAGCCUAUUGGGCAAAGACAAAGCCAACAGUGUUCCUUGGUUAGCAAAAGAAAUUCACCCCGGUCUAUCCACAGCUUCAACAGGCUCAGACCCAGGAAGCCUUUAAGUAACUGGUAAUCCACAUGAAAUGUCAUUCCUUUAAGGAAUUCACUGACUCUAAAAGAUAUGAAUAAGAGGAAACUCUAAAAGGUGACCUUAAUUAGGCACUGUGAGUUCUGGGACCCCUCCAGUUGUCCUCUGGACCAAACUGAGUGGAGGACCAGGAAUUCCAAUUUCAGAGAACUAAGCUUGACUCUUAGGAUGGGGAUUCCAUAGACUUUCUCAGAUGGCUACAUUUUCAUGACAUUGUUCACUACUCCUGCCACCACCACUCUCACUUCUCAAGGCUAUGGGUACUAGUUUCAGGGUAGCAGUUAUGGCUGGAAAUCCUGAGUUAGACUUGCCUCAACUGAUCAUGUGCCACAAGAACUGAGGGGAGUGGGAAGAAGUGUGGUCCCUGGAUGGAUGGGAAGAAUAGACUUUGAGGGAAUAGGUUUAGUUGCAUGCAGAAUAGAAAAUUCUACUAUAGGUUGAUUGGUGUUAAAUGCUGGGACAUUUUUGAUAGCAAGGCAAUAACAUUGCCUAGAAACCACUUGAGGUUCCCUAAGAAAUCUGGAACUGGAAUGACUAUAUCUCUUCAUAAAUAAUUGCAUAUUUUAUUGCUGUGGAUAAAUAUAGUUACUGUGACAUAAGUUAAAGAUCUGAAAUUAUAGCCUGUCAUUCAGAGCCAUUCAAAAUAUGGUCUUCAUAAAACUUGUAGCAUUUUAUCACACCAUUCCCACUUACAUAGAUCCUAUAUCCUAGCCAAACUGGACUAUUGUUCCCUCCCCAAACAUGCCACUAGCUUUCCCAUGGCCAUGCUUUGGCCCACACUAUUUUCUCCACCUGCAAUACCCAUUCUCCACAUGCCAGUCUGCCAAAAUCCUUCUGGUUUCUCAAAGCCCAGCUCAGAUGCCACCUUCUCUAAGGAGCCUUUUCUGAUUAUCCCUAACUGAAUGUGAUUGCCCCUAACUGAAUGUGACAUUAGUCUCGUGUGAUGCCCCUCUCCAAUAUUCAUAUGUGGCACUGAUUCCAUUAUGUCACUGAUUUCAUGUGGGCUGUGUUCUUGAUGUUCUUCAAUACCUCCUACUAGACUGUAAAACUCCUUGAAAGCAGGGAUUCUUGUACACAUUUUUAAAUCUCCCAUUGUGCUUAGGUGCUCAAUAAUGUUGGCUGAAUUAUUGAAUUGAUUAUCAAGCUGUGAUAUGGUCUUUAUCCUCAGGGUGCUGUCCCUUGUACAUGAAGAUAAUGUUAUUGAUUCACUGUCAUUAAGACCUGCCUUUGGGGUGUGGUUUUUGCUUUAUUAGUGGAUUUAGUUUUGUGCUAAUGAUAAUGAUGCUGCUGCAGAUGAUAAUAGUAACAACAGUAAUUAAAGAUGACUUUCAACUGGGA